AUGUCGAACCCUCAAAACCAGAAACCAUGGAAAGCAGAGUACGCCAAAUCGGGACGUUCCUCAUGCCGAACCUGCAAAAGUCCCAUCGCCAGCGAAAAGCUCCGUCUCGGCAAGAUGGUCCAAUCUUCCAAGUUCGACGGCCUCAUGCCCAUGUGGCAUCAUGCUGACUGCGUAUUGAAGAAAUCCAAUCAGAUAAAACUAGUUGAUGAUGUUGAAAACCUAGAGACGCUUCGAUGGGAAGAUCAGCAGAAGAUUAGAACAUACAUUGAGAGCAGUGGUGGUGGUUCUACGUCGAAGUCGAAGUCGAGUGCCGCGUCUGCCUCUAAGUCAAGUGCUAGCAAGAAUGUUGAGUAUGAUAUUGAAGUUUCGCAAACUUCCCGUGCCACUUGCAAGCAUUGUGGUCAGAAAAUUAUCAAAGGAGAGGUUCGCAUAUCUACUAAGCCUGAUGGUCAAGGUCCCAGGGGUUUGGCUUGGCACCACGCCAAGUGUCUCUUGGAACUAUCACCAUCAAUUCAAUUUGAUAACUUAUCCGGAUGGAAUAGUCUCUCAUCUUCUGAUCAAUCAGCUGUCAGUGACUUAGCUAAGAUAGACCAUCCUAUGAACAAGGGAGGUGGUAGUGGUACAGAUGUUGAGGCUGAAGGGGUUAAAGUAUCCACACAACAAUCCUCUUCCAGAGGUGGCACUAAACGGGGGAAAGAUGCAGAGGGUGAGCAGAUGUCAAAAGCUGCUAAGGUCAAGGGAGACGUGUCUGUGGGUAGGGGAGUGGCAGUGAAAAAUGCUGAUGACUCUGGGGAGGCAGGUGGUCUUGAGAAUGGACUAAAGGCGCAAAGCAAAGAACUGUGGGCUUUGAAGGAUGAUCUUAAGAAGCACGUGACAACAGCAGAGAUGCGUGAAAUGCUGGAAGCCAAUGAUCAAGAUUCAACUGGAUCAGAGCUUGAUUUGCGUGAUCGCUGUGCUGAUGGAAUGAUGUUUGGAGGACUAUGUCAUUGCCCACUAUGUUCUGGUUUCCUGCGUUAUUCUGGAGGAAUGUACCGGUGCAGUGGAUACAUUUCUGAGUGGAGUAAAUGUUCCUACUCUACAUGUGAACCAAAACGUACUGAAGGGAAGUGGAAAAUUCCAAAGGAAACAGAUAAUCAGUAUCUUAAAAAGUGGUUCAAAUCUCAAAAAGGGAAGAAACCAAUUAGGAUAUUGCCUCCGCCACCGUCAAGGACUUCUGCUGAAAGUUCAAUUUCUGCAGGCCAACAUCAAUCAUCAAACAGUGAAAGUUUGGCAGAUUUAAAAGUUGCCAUCUGUGGAUUCCCUAAAGCUUCUAUUGAUGAAUGGAAACACAAAAUUGACGGCAUAGGUGGAGUAUUUCAUGCAAAAGUGAAGAAAGAUACUAGCUGCUUGGUGGUCAGUGGAGCGCUCAAGGACGAAGCUGAGAUGCGGAAGGCAAGGAGGAUGAAAGUACCAAUAGUCAGAGAGGACUAUUUGAUUGACUGUAUGGAAAGAAAGAAGAAGCUUCCAUUUGAUAUGUACAAAGUUGAAAUGAUUGGUGAGACUUCUAGCAUGGUCACCGUCAAAGUGAAGGGACAAAGUGCUGUUCAUGAUGCUUCUGGCCUACAGGAUUCUGGACACAUACUGGAGGAAGGGAAAAGUAUAUAUAAUACAACUUUGAAUAUGUCUGAUUUGUCUACUGGUAUUAACAGCUACUACAUCCUUCAAAUAAUUGAAGAAGAUAAAGGGUCAGAUUGCCAUGUGUUUCGUAAAUGGGGUCGAGUGGGAAGUGACAAGAUUGGAGGGAACAAACUAGAAGACAUGUCGAAAUCUGAUGCUAUCAGGGAAUUCAAACGACUAUUCUACGAGAAAACUGGAAACUCUUGGGAGGCCUGGGAACAAAAAACUAUUCAGAAGCAACCUGGAAGAUUCUUCCCCUUGGAAAUUGAUUAUGGAGUUAACAAUCAAGGCGCAAAAAAGAGUAAAAGCUAUACAGAUAGCAAACUACCCCCUACAGUGAGAGAAUUGAUGGAGAUGCUCUUUAAUGUGGAAACAUACAGAGCUGCCAUGAUGGAGUUUGAGAUCAAUAUGUCCGAAAUGCCUCUUGGGAAACUCAGCAAAAGUAAUAUCCAAAAGGGUUUUGAAGCAUUAACAGAUAUACAGAAUCUUUUUACAAGUGGCAAUCCCGAUUCAUCAGUCAGAGAUAGCUUGCUUAUUGAUGCCAGCAAUCGGUUCUUCACUGUAAUCCCUUCUAUUCAUCCACAUAUUAUUAGGGACGAGGAUGAUUUUAAGGCAAAGGUAAAAAUGUUGGAAGCCCUUCAAGACAUUGAAAUAGCCUCAAGAUUAGUUGGAUUUGAUGCCAACAGGGAUGACUCCAUUGACGAUAAUUAUAAGAAGCUCCGCUGUGCUAUAUCUCCACUUCCUCAUGACAGUGAAGAUUUUCAAUUAGUCGAGAAGUAUCUACAAAAUACUCAUGCCCCCACGCAUGUGGACUGGAGUCUUGAGCUAGAAGAAGUUUUUUCACUUGAAAGACAUGGUGAAUUUGAUAAAUAUGCUCCUUACAAGAGCAAACUUGGUAACAGAAUGCUCUUAUGGCAUGGUUCUAGGUUGACGAACUUCGUGGGCAUUCUUAAUCAAGGACUCAGAAUCGCACCUCCAGAAGCUCCUGCAACUGGCUACAUGUUUGGCAAAGGGAUUUACUUUGCUGACCUUGUCAGCAAGAGUGCUCAGUAUUGCUACACUGAUAAGAAAAAUCCUGUUGGUCUAAUGCUUUUGAGUGAAGUUGCCCUUGGAAAUGUCUAUGAGCUCAAAAAAGCUAAGUAUAUGGAUAAACCUCCGGCAGGAAAGCAUUCUACUAAAGGACUGGGAAAGAAAAUUCCCUUGGAAUCAGAUUAUGUAAAGUGGAGAGGUGAUGUCGUUGUUCCUUGUGGGAAACCGGUGUCAUCAAAUGUCAAGGCAUCUGAGCUCAUGUACAAUGAGUAUAUUGUCUAUAAUACUUCUCAAGUUAAGCUGCAAUACUUGCUGAAGGUGAGGUUCCAUCACAAGAAAUGA